AUGUCUCUCAUCGCGACACGUGUCGCGUGCGAACGAAACUAUGCGUUUCAUUUAUCUGAGAAUCUCUCAUACUCUCUUUAUCCCGGCGAUGAUGAAGAGGAAACUGAGGACCGUAAAAUCUUCUCCGACGACGAGGAGUACAAAGUGUUCCGCGACUUUAAGAUCCAGGCCUGGAAGAAUCGGGUUUUUUUUGAAGAAGAUCCCUUCAGGUCCAUCUUCCCCCUUACUGAUCUGGAAGAACCUUGGAUCGACAUGACCACAAGGGAAUAUUUGGAGUCUAUUGUCUCCUUAUGUGUUAAGAAGCUCAACGAGGAGAAGCAUCCCGAUGGUCCUCUCAUGGAGUAUCAAGCCAAGGCCAUGGAUUUUGGAGGAAAACCUCCUUUUCCCAUCCUCUGCAGACCAGCUUCUACCAUAUCCUAA